CGGCGGCGGCGGCGGCGGCGGCGGCGGCGGCAGCGGCGGACACAGCAGCGGCGGCGGCGGCGGUGCUGACACCUCCCACCAUGGACAGCUUCGACUUAGCCCUGCUCCAGGAAUGGGACCUCGAGUCGCUGUGGGGUGAAGACAUCUUAAGCCAGAGGAAUGACUCUCUAGUUCUGGAAUUUCAGUCAUCAGCCAGCAGAUGCAGGAGUGUCUAUGAGCCCGACAGGAGUGCGUUGCGGAGGAAGGAGCGAGAAAGAAGAAGCCAGGAAGUGCAGCAGGACAGUGGUGGCUUUAACUCCAGUUACUCUCUCUUCAGUGAACCCUACAAGACUAACAAGGGGGAUGAACUCUCCAACCGGAUCCAGAACACAUUAGGAAAUUACGACGAAAUGAAAGACUUUUUAACCGACAGAUCCAACCAGAGUCAUCUUGUCGGUGUCCCCAAGCCAGGUGUUCCUCAGACCCCCGUGAACAAGGUAGAUGAACAUUUUGUGGCUGAGUCAAGAGCGCAGACCCAGCCCUCAUCUGUUUGCAGCGCUGCAUCUUCCACACCUGCAGCUGUCCCUGUGCAGCAGAGUAAGAGGGGCGCCAUGGGCUGGCAGAAGACCGGGCACCCACCAUCUGAUGGCCCACAGAGAGCAGCACAACAAGGCUCUCUCAGGACCUUGCUUGGAGAUGGUGUUGGCAGACAGCAGACAAGGACCAAGCAAGUGUGCAAUGUGGAGGCGGGGCUUCCGAGCCAGGAGAGGCCACCUGCCAUGGCGGCCAAGCACAGCAGCAGCGGACACUGUGUUCAGAACUUUCCUCCAUCCCUGGCUUCAAAACCCAGCCUGGUCCAGCAGAAACCUACCGCGUAUGUGCGACCAAUGGAUGGCCAAGACCAGGCUCCCGAUGAAUCUCCUAAGCUUAAGUCAUCCACAGAAACUGCUGUGCACUGCACGUCCUACAGAGGGGUCCCAGCCAACAAGCCAGAGUCAGCCAGAGCCAAGGCCAAGCUCGCUAAGUUCAACAUCCCAAAGCAAGGAGAGGAGAGUAGAUCUGGAGAAAGCAACAGCUGUGUGGAAGAAAUAAUUCGGGAGAUGACCUGGCUUCCUCCUCUUUCUGCUAUUCAAGCUCCUGGCAAAGUGGAACCAAGCAAGUUUCCGUUCCCAAAUAAGGACUCUCAACUUGUAUCCUCUGGUCACAAUAAUCCAAAGAAAGCUGAUGCGGAGCCAGAGAGUCCAGACAAUGGCACAUCGAAUACAUCAAUGCUAGAAGAUGACCUUAAGCUAAGUAGUGAUGACGAAGAGAGUGAACAGCAGGCAGCCCAGAGAACAGCUCUCCGCACUCUAUCUGACAGCUCCGUGGUCCAGCAGGCCAACUGCAGAGGUUCCGUGCCAUCCAGCAAGGGCAGCAGCAGCGGCAGCGGCGGCAGCGGCAGCAGCAGCAGCUCUUCCAGCGACUCGGACAGCAGCUCCGGAUCCGACUCGGAGACCGAGAGCAGCUCCAGUGAGAGCGAGGGCAGCAAGCCUCCACACUGCUCCAGCCCCGAGGCCGAACCUGCGUCCUCUAACAAGUGGCAGCUGGAUAAAUGGCUAAACAAAGUUAAUCCUCACAAGCCGCCUAUUCUGAUCCAAAAUGAAAGUCACGGCCCCGAAAGGAAUCAAUACUACACGCCGCCGGUGAAAGAUGAAGGGCAGGACUGCGGGAAACUUCCUGAGAUCUGCCAAGCCAGCCUGAGAGACAAGGACCUCAAGACUGCCUGCAAGGAGGAGCAGCAGCAGCAGCGGCCUAGGACGGCAAACAAGGCCCCUGGCAGCAAAAGUGUGAAGCAAAAGUCCCCGCCCGCCGCCGCCGCCGCCGCUGCCGCCGCGGUGGCUGUGGCCGCAGCCGCCCCGCCACCUCCAGUGCCCAGCGCACCCACGGAGAGCGCACCCGCGCCCACCCGGAGAUCAGCGGGCAAGAAGCCCACCCGGCGCACCGAGAGAACCUCAGCUGGGGACAGUGCCAACUGCCACCGGCCAGAGGAGCCCGUGGCCACAGACACGCUGGGGUCUAGCGUGGUGGGACCCCCAGAGCCUCCCAAAACCAGGCCCUGCAGCAACAGCCGGACCAGCCACCGCAAGGAGCUGCGCUCCUCGGUGACCUGUGAGAAAAGGCGCACGCGGGGGCUGAGCAGAAUCGUCCCCAAAUCCAAGGAGUUUAUUGAGACGGAAUCUUCCUCUUCCUCUUCCUCCUCGGACUCGGACCUGGAGUCGGAGCAAGAGGAGUACGUCCUGUCCAAGGCUCAGACCACCACCACUGGGAACGAGCCGCGGCUGAAGGCUGAGGCCGCCAGCAGCAGCAGCAGCAGCGGCGGCAGCGGCAACAGCAGCACCUCCCGGGCCCCUGUGGGCUCCAUCAACGCCAGGACCACCAGUGACAUUGCCAAGGAGCUAGAGGAACAGUUCUACACGCUGGUUCCCUUUGGCCGCAAUGAACUGCUCUCUCCGCUCAAGGACAGUGAUGAGGUCAGGUCUCUCUGGGUCAAAAUUGACCUGACCCUCCUGUCCCGGAUCCCGGAACACCUGUCCCAGGAGCCUGGGAUCUUGAGUGCUCCUGCAGCCAAGGACACUGAUAGUGCCCCAGCCAGCCAUGCGUUAGACACACCCGCUGAAAAGACUUUGCCAAAAUCCAAGAGGAAACGCAAGUGCGACAACGAAGAUGACUACAGGGAGGUGAAGAAGGCCCAAGGGGAGAAGGAGGGCGCUUCACGCCUGGCCGCCUCCACUAAUAACGCCUUGUCGGGGAGUCACUGUAACAUGAACAUCAACAGCUUGGCAAUACCAAUAAACAAAAAUGAGAAGAUGCUCCGGUCACCCACUUCGCCACUCACAGACGCAUGUAAACACAAGUACUCCAGCGAGGACCUGACUUCUUCCAGCCGGCCUCAUGGCAAUGGGAUGUUGACUUCUGCCUCCACCAACAAAAAGCCUAAGGCUGACAGCCAGCUGCAGCCACAUGCUGGAGACCUCACGAAAGCAGCUCACAACAGUUCCGAAAAUGGCAUCCUCCAUACCAAGUCACGACCACAGACUGAGCCAUGGUCUCCAGGUUCCAAUGGCCACAGGGACUGCAAGAGACAGAAACUGAUCUUCGAUGACAUGCCUCGGAGUGCAGAUUAUUUUAUGCAAGAAGCUAAGCGGAUGAAGCAUAAAGCAGAUGCGAUGGUGGAGAAGUUUGGGAAGGCCUUGAACUAUGCCGAAGCAGCCUUGUCUUUCAUCGAGUGUGGAAAUGCCAUGGAGCAAGGCCCAAUGGAAUCCAAGUCUCCAUACACCAUGUACUCCGAGACGGUGGAGCUCAUCAGGUACGCUAUGAGACUAAAAACCCACUCAGGCCCCAACGCCACACCCGAGGACAAACAGCUGGCCGCGCUUUGUUACCGAUGCCUGGCUCUUCUAUACUGGCGGAUGUUUCGACUCAAAAGGGACCACGCUGUGAAGUACUCGAAAGCACUUAUCGACUAUUUCAAGAAUUCAUCGAAAGCUGCCCAAGCCCCAUCCCCGUGGGGAUCCAGUGGCAAGAGCACUGGAAGCCCAUCCCCCAUGUCUCCCACCCCUUCUCCCACCAGCUCCGUGGGGUCUCAGGGCAGCCUCUCCAGCUCCAACGCCCUGUCCCCGUCAACCAUCGUCAGCAUCCCUCAGCGUAUUCACCAGAUGGCAGCCAAUCACGUCAGCAUCACCAACAGCAUCCUCCACAGCUACGACUACUGGGAGAUGGCUGACAACCUGGCCAAGGAAAACAGAGAGUUCUUCAAUGACCUGGACCUGCUCAUGGGACCCGUCACCUUGCACAGCAGCAUGGAACACCUGGUGCAGUACUCCCAGCAAGGCCUGCACUGGCUGCGGAGCAGCGCACACCUGUCCUAGGGACCGCGCCCUUAAGCCGGACUGCGCCUCUCCUCCAGUGGCUCAAUGUUUCUGGACGCUGUGCUACUGACCUCCCUAGUCCACAGCAUUUCCCAAACCUCGGUGAACAUUUCCUCAGAAUCCAACAAGGAUCGUUUUCUGGGGCGUGUGUGUGUUUAGGUGUGGGUUCGUACGAAGCUUUCUCUGUGUCUGUGUGUGUGUGCAUGUGUGAGAUCAACAGCUCUUCGAAACACAUUUUCUUUGUCUGGUUCCUAUGAUCCCAAGCUAGACAAGUGAUUAGAGGUUCCUCGCCGGAGGAACUCCACGCUGCGCACAUGUGCUCACACGCUUACACACACAUCCCACCCCCAGUGCUAAGCCAUUGCCUUCUUAGAACAUUCCACCAAAAUCUCAUGUGUUGCUGAACCUGGUGCGAUCCAGCACACCAAAAGCGUAACUGCAGGAUGAGUUGAACCUCGCUCUUAUAUUAUUGAUUACUUUCAGUAUUAUGUACAAUUCCCCAGUUGCUUUUGGUUGUUGUAUAUUAAUGAGUAAUUGAAUACUGGAAACAAGUCGGUUAUUUUUGUGCCAGAAGUUCACUAGAUUGCAUGUUACCAAAUGCCUUGCCUCUCCUCUGAUACCCCCCUCCCCCAGCCCUCAUUACCUACUGAACAGAACACAUUAUAAGCCAAUGGAGUCCCACAGACUCCCCUUGCCUUGUCCCCACAUGGUAUAAAAAUGGCACCAGGAUUCGCCGAAAUCGAUGACAACCAAAGCAACCGUGACCGUUUUGGUUCAGAAUGACAUCCGCACCUGUGGCAAUAAGCCCUCCAGGCACACACAUUUCUUCUUCCUGCCACUGUGACUCUGUGGCCCUAGAGCCUCCUGGCUGUAGUCGGCCAGCACACUUCCAGUCUUUUCUCCCUACAGUAGCUUUCCUGCAGCUUUCUCAGCCAAAUGAAGACAUUGUCUGGAAUGUGCCAUCCCUAGACCUAGCCGCUGCUUACAAGGCAGAGCGGUGUGCUCCUGUGACAGACACCCUUCAAACACAGAGCGCGGCUACAGGCCUUGAGUGCGUUUGGAUUGGGGGGAUGUGUUUGAAGCUUUUGUUAACAAGCUGCUUACAGUGCAGGGCAAGUUACCCCUGGAUGAUCACAGCUCUGUUUGGAGUAGCGACAACCAGAGUGUCUUCCAUGUAUCUUGAGCUCUGAUGUGUUUAUGUCCUGACCAGGGUUCUUUUCUGGUUUGGUUGGGGUUUUUUGUUUUUGGGGUUUUUUUUUGUUUUGUUUUGUUUUGUUUUUGUUUUGAGUUUAUGUUGUAGUUUUUCAGCAUCUUGUUUACAGUUUUUGUCUGAAGUUUGUUUGCUCAUGUUUUGUCAUACCCUAGAUGUAGUCGUCUUGUUAAAUAUAUGUGGAUCUGUAAUAUUAGUAUAAAGAAACAAGUCCUGCAAACGAGAUGUAUCUUGCCACACUUUAAAAACAAACUGACGUCCUUGGGUUACUUGACUCAACUGUACCAAGUCUGCCAGAGGGCAGUGGGUCAGGCCCCCCUGCAGUCCAUUGUUGAAAGUGACAGGCUCACACGGUGUGUGCCCUGUUUUCACUGUCUCCCUGUGAGCUUGGGUACGUUCACAUCACCAUUUUGUCAGCCUUUUCUGUAGAUGGCAGAUGAGACUGCUCACAUUCCCCAGCUCCUAGGAUGGACUCAGAACUGUACAAACAGCUGCACACAGUGUGGUGAUUCGCACCACACUGAACUGUGAGAUGUGCGUUUGGUUUGGACCCUCAAACACUUGAAAUUUUUAGCAGUACAUUGACUUCAGAUGUUUCGGACCAGGAAUGUUUUUUUAAGAUGUUGGAAUAUUUGCGACUACAUGAUUAGGUAUCUUGGGGGAGAGGACUCAAGUCUAAACAUGAAAUUCAUUUACGUUUCAUCUAUACUUUGUAUACAUGAAGGUAAUGUCUGCAGUAUCGGUUGUGAGCCAUCCCAUGAGGUCAGGGGUGGGACUUAGCACUGACAUCACAUCACUGAAGAACUCAAGAAGUUUCCGAUUUGGGAGCAGUUUAAGUUUCAGAUUCUUGAAAUGAGAGCGCUCCACCUCCAUCCCCACGUUUCUAUUUAUCUGCAGUGUGCUCCUGGCAUCCUUUCCACUGUUGGCAGGUUUGUGAUCCUAUCCUGUGUUCAAAGUCUGAAUAUAAGAAACUUUGGAAUCACC